UAUUGUUGACUGUUGAGAGGGAACUGUCGCUAACAGCAAGAUAGAACAUCGGUCGGUGGCAGCGUUAUUCUUUUGUCGAAAAUGGAACGAAAAGUAGCUCGAGAAUUUAGGCACAAGGUGGAGCUGCUCAUUGACAAUGAGGCAGAAAAGGAUUACCUGUACGAUGUCCUGCGAAUGUACCACCAGUCCAUGGAGCUGCCGGUGUUGGUGGGGGACCUGAAGCUGGUCAUCAACGAGCCCAGUCGCCUGCCGCUGUUUGAUGCCAUCCGGCCCCUCAUUCCCCUCAAACACCAGGUGGAGUACGACCUGCUCACCCCCAAGAGGUCACGUAAGUUGAAGGAGGUGCGCCUGGAUCGUACUCAUCCUGAGGGUCUGGGUCUGAGUGUGAGAGGGGGCCUGGAGUUCGGCUGUGGACUCUUCAUCUCACAGAUCGUCAAGGAUGGACAGGCUGGAAACAGUGGCCUGCAGAUGGGAGAUGAGAUUGUCCGCAUCAAUGGAUACGCCAUCUCUUCCUGUAUCCACGAGGAAGUCAUCAACCUCAUCAAGACCAAGAAAAUCGUGUCGCUCAAAGUCAGGCAGGUUGGGAUGAUACCAGUGAAGAGUUCCACAGAGGAGCCUCUGAAGUGGCAGUUUGUGGACCAAUUUGUGUCUGAUUCUGGGGACAAGAAGAGCAGUGUGGCAGGCCUGGCAUCCAUGGGAGGGAAGGAGAUCAAGGAGAAGAAGGUGUUCCUGAGCCUGGUGGGCACCAAGGGCAUGGGCGUCAGCAUCUCCAGUGGCCCCACACAGAAGCCUGGCAUCUACAUCAGUAACGUCAAAUCUGGCUCCCUCGCUGUUGAAGUAGGACUGCAGAUUGGUGACCAGAUCGUGGAGGUGAACGGGGUGGAAUUUACUAAUCUGGACCACAAAGAGGCUGUAAGAGUUCUGAAGAGUAGCAGGAGUCUAACCAUCACAGUUCUCACCGGCGCUGGCAGUGAGUUGUUUAUGACAGACGAGGAGCGUCUGGCGGUGGAGGCUCGCAGGGAGCUGGACAGACGAGAGUUGAUGCACCAGAAAAGGGUUGCCCUGGAGACUAACAAGAUGGUCAAGGAGCAGCAGGAGAAAGAGAGGCAGAGAAAGAUGGAGAUUUCUCAGAAGACUGCUGAGGAAGAGGAACGCUAUCGGAAGGAGAUGAAGAAGAUCGAGGCUGCGGAGAGGAAGCACCACAGGGAGUGGGAGGAGGACUGGGCGCCUAGAGAGCAACCCAAAACCAAGAGUCCCUCUCCGGCCCCGCCCGAAAUCAACACCACACCCCCCAAGUCCAAGAACUCUGACAUUGGAGCAAGCUCUUUUCAGGCUGACGACGACGAUGAAGAGCAGCAGGAGGUGGAGGAAGAGGGGAGUGAAGGCUUUCAGAAAUACGUGGAAGACUUUGAUCCCCACUCCAUGUUCUCCUCGGAACAGAUAGCUGGGCGAGACGUGAGACUACUGAGAAUCAAAAAGGUUGGACCACUUGAUCUGGCUGUGGAGGGGGGAGUAGACUCCCCUCUGGGAAAGCUAGUGGUAUCUGCCAUUUAUGAUGGAGGCUCGGCAGACAAACAUGGUGGGAUAGUGCCAGGAGAUGAGGUGAUGGCUGUGAAUGGGAAGAUCCUGACUGACUCCUCACUGACAGAAGGACAAAACUCUCUGACCCGGGCCUGGAACAGCGGAGGGGAUUGGAUUGACCUGGUGAUAGCAGUGUCACCUCCAAAAGAGUAUGAAGAUGAGGUCCCGAAGUCAACAUCAGUCAGUCCUACUGUGAACAGAAAGGUGUUUGAAGGCAGUGCAUCAGUGUACAGACAAGGCUACCGGCUCCAGUUUUAGCCCUAACCUCCCACCCUGCCCACCCCCACCUGACGUUCUUCUGAGAGUCACCCUACCACCAGCCUGCCAAACAAGCCAUACCCACCAACCAGGAACCAUCGUUCUCGUUCCCUUUGACAUUUGACCUAUUUUAUCAUCACAAUCAAAUCCCUGCAUCAAACUGUUGCAAUGCAAUGCUGAUCACUAUUGACAGCAAGUCUGUUUGAACCAGAACCACGCCGAGAUGUGCUACAUGUGAACUGUCUAGAAGGUGAAAGACUGAUUCAUCCUCUGUUGAGUUCCAUUUAGAUCGCAGUACAGAUACUUUCUGAAGAAGCUAGAGGGUUAUGACAUCACUACGUAAUACUCUGAGUUGAUAUUCACGUCAUAAGAAGGAAUUCACCUCGGUCACACAACUUUUACAAUUUCAAAUAUGGUUUUAAUUCUAGACAUUCAGUUCCAUAGCAUUAUUUAAAUAUUCCUCAUGUAAUGUUAAAGUAACUGUCCAGUGUUUCCAGAUUUCUAUGAAAUACGACCUAUAAUUAAUUACAAUAUGAGUGAAAUAGUUUUCCUUCCAAAAAGUGGUAAUGUUAAAAAACAGCUUUUCUGUGUUGGAAUAGCGUGGGCGUACCCCAAUAACAGAAUGGUGUCGGCGUAUACCUGUCAUUAAAAAUAUUAAUGUGAGUAGAGGGCUGAUUGGCCAGCUCAUUCUCCUCAGGAGGAUGACCUCAUACUUUAUGAGGAAACAGCAAGCAUUUUAGAAACGGUCUGUUUGAGAUACAAGUUUGUGUUUUUUCUCCAGUUUAUGCUUUGACCACGUACAAGUACAGGAUGAAUCAACAACAUUAUUUGGGUAUGAGUAAACAGAAUGUGAACUUUUAAAAGUGAGAUGUUCACUGCACAGUUACUUUAAUGGGUCGCUAACAUGGUUGCCAUAUCAUUUUGAUUUGUCAUGUAAAUGCAUCAUAAUGCAGAAAUCUCAAUGUCCCAACUAAUUACAUAGCUAUGUUCCCCAUUCUUCUCAUUCUAGUACACUACAGCAAAGGAACACAGUUGUGAAAAACUGAACUCUGAUGCUGAGGGGCAUCGGUGUCAACAAGUUUUGAUCCUCUGAGUUUAGUUAAAUGCUAAGUGCAUCUCAAUGAGCUUCUAGUAUGCCAUAAGCCCCCUAGUUAUAGGUGAAAUUACACUCCUAAAUCUCCAAUGAAAGGUGUUUGAGCUUAUCUGUAUUCAGUUAGAGUAUGUAAUCAGAAGCAGGAGCAGACCCACAGGCCCUGCAGGCAGGCAGGCACACUGUGAUGUAAUAAAUGUCCCUAUUUGAAAUCAAUGCUCUCUCAGAAUCAAUAAAGGUAUGUGUUUACUUUGA